AAUCAAAAUAGUCAGUCAUAUAAAAGAGUAAUAAUUUCUUUUAGUUUCGAAACAGUUGUCAAACUACAGAUCAUAGCUAAUUUAAUUUUAAAUGUCUAAGGCGCGUAAGGAUCCUUGUAAACCUUACGCAUGCCGCAUUCAAGCUUGUUUAUCAGAAAAUAAUUACCAAGAAGAUAGAUGCGUUGAAGUGCUUGAGCAAAUGCGAGUUUGCUGUUUAAAGUGGCAUAAGGAAUCCCUUUGUUGCAGUGGUAUUGAUUUGCAAAAAAGCUAUAUAAAAACCACCACCAACGUUAAAACCGGCAACAGUAGUACCAAAUAAUGACAACACCAGUACCGCAAUACAAGCCACCAAAGGAACUGCAGGAUCUGUUGGACAAGAAACAACAACAACAAGCAAAUCAACGUCGUCGCACAGCUGUUUUACCGAAACGCUCGUGGAUUC